AGAGGGGGGAAGAGAGAGAAGAUAGUGAGAGUGCGCGGGCACUGGAAAGCUCGCCCAGGUCGGUUUCCAAAGUCGCCCUUGAUGGCGGCAGAGGCGCGGCAGCCUCGGCGCUGAGCAGCCGACACGCGCCGGAGGGUCCGCCCGCCGCCGCCCCUUCCCCGCGCCGCGUCUCGCCCCCGCCCCAGCCCGGUCUGCGCCCCGGCCGGGCGCGCCGGCCCUCCGGACGUCUGCGGCCCGGACGGGAGUGCUCCUUCUCCUCCCGCGGUUUCCAGCCCCGUUCCCUUCCCCGGCUGGGGAGGGAGGCGGGAUUGAUCUUCGAUCGCGAAGAUGGCUGCUGGCUGCCUGCUGGCCUUGACUCUGACACUUUUCCAGUCUUUGCUGAUCCGCCCCUCGUCUGAGGAGCCGUUCCCUUCGGCCAUCACUAUCAAAUCAUGGGUGGAUAAGAUGCAAGAAGACCUUGUCACACUGGCGAAAACAGCAAGUGGAGUCAAUCAGCUUGUUGAUAUUUAUGAUAAAUACAAAGACUUGUAUACUGUGGAACCAAAUAACGCGCGCCAGCUGGUAGAAAUUGCAGCCAGGGAUAUUGAAAAACUUCUAAGCAACAGAUCUAAAGCCUUGGUGCGCCUGGCUUUGGAAGCAGAGAAAGUUCAAGCAGCCCACCAGUGGAGGGAGGAUUUUGCAAGUAAUGAGGUUGUCUACUACAAUGCAAAGGACGAUCUUGAUCCUGAAAAAAAUGACAGUGAGCCAGGCAGCCAGAGGAUAAAACCCAUUUUUAUCGAUGAUGCUAAUUUUGGACGACAAGUAUCCUAUCAGCAUGCAGCAGUCCAUAUUCCCACCGACAUCUAUGAGGGCUCAACAAUUGUACUAAAUGAACUCAACUGGACAAGUGCCUUAGAUGAGGUUUUCAAAAAAAAUCGAGAUGAAGAUCCUUCAUUGUUGUGGCAGGUGUUUGGCAGCGCCACGGGCCUAGCCCGAUAUUACCCGGCUUCUCCAUGGGUUGAUAACAGCCGAACUCCAAACAAAAUUGACCUUUAUGAUGUGCGCAGAAGACCAUGGUACAUCCAAGGAGCUGCAUCUCCUAAAGACAUGCUAAUUCUGGUUGAUGUGAGUGGAAGUGUUAGUGGAUUAACACUUAAACUGAUCCGAACGUCUGUCUCCGAAAUGUUGGAAACCCUCUCAGAUGACGAUUUUGUGAAUGUAGCUUCAUUUAACAGCAAUGCCCAGGAUGUAAGCUGUUUUCAGCACCUUGUACAAGCAAAUGUAAGAAAUAAGAAAGUACUGAAAGAUGCCGUGAAUAAUAUCACAGCAAAAGGGAUUACAGAUUAUAAGAAGGGCUUUAGCUUUGCUUUUGAACAGCUGCUCAAUUAUAAUGUUUCCAGAGCUAACUGCAAUAAGAUCAUCAUGUUGUUCACAGAUGGAGGAGAAGAGAGAGCCCAGGAGAUAUUUGCCAAAUACAACAAAGAUAAAAAAGUACGAGUAUUCACGUUUUCAGUCGGUCAACAUAAUUAUGACAGAGGACCCAUCCAGUGGAUGGCGUGUGAAAACAAAGGUUAUUAUUAUGAAAUUCCUUCCAUUGGAGCAAUAAGAAUCAAUACUCAGGAAUAUUUGGAUGUUCUGGGAAGACCAAUGGUUUUAGCGGGAGACAAAGCCAAGCAAGUCCAGUGGACCAACGUGUACCUGGAUGCCCUGGAACUGGGACUUGUCAUUACUGGAACUCUUCCGGUCUUCAAUAUAACUGGCCAAGUUGAAAAUAAGACAAACUUAAAGAACCAGCUGAUUCUUGGUGUGAUGGGAGUUGAUGUGUCUUUGGAAGACAUUAAAAGACUAACACCACGUUUCACACUGUGCCCCAAUGGCUAUUACUUUGCAAUUGAUCCUAAUGGUUAUGUUUUAUUACAUCCAAAUCUUCAGCCAAAGCCUAUUGGUGUAGGUAUACCAACAAUUAAUUUAAGAACAAGGAGACCCAAUGUUCAGAACCCCAAAUCUCAGGAACCAGUCACUUUGGAUUUCCUUGAUGCAGAAUUAGAGAAUGAUAUCAAAGUGGAGAUCCGCAAUAAAAUGAUAGAUGGAGAAAGUGGAGAAAAAACAUUCAGAACUCUGGUUAAAUCUCAAGAUGAGAGAUACAUUGACAAAGGAAACAGGACAUACACAUGGACUCCUGUCAAUGGCACAGAUUACAGUUUGGCCUUGGUAUUACCAACCUACAGUUUUUACUAUAUAAAAGCCAAAAUAGAAGAGACAAUAACUCAGGCCAGAUCAAAAAAGGGCAAAAUGAAGGAUUCAGAGACACUGAAGCCAGAUAAUUUUGAAGAAUAUGGAUAUACAUUCUUAGCACCCAGAGAUUACUGCAAUGACCUUAAAAUAUCAGAUAAUAACACCGAAUUUCUUUUAAAUUUCAAUGAGUUUAUUGAUAGAAAAACUCCAAACAAUCCGUCUUGUAACACGGAUUUGAUUAAUCGUGUCCUGCUGGAUGCAGGUUUUACAAGUGAACUAGUCCAAAAUUAUUGGAGUAAGCAGAAAACCAUCAAGGGAGUGAAAGCACGGUUUGUUGUGACUGAUGGUGGGAUUACCAGAGUUUAUCCCAAAGAGGCUGGAGAAAAUUGGCAAGAAAACCCAGAAACAUAUGAAGACAGCUUCUACAAAAGGAGUCUUGAUAAUGAUAACUACGUAUUCACUGCCCCCUACUUUAACAAAAGCGGACCUGGUGCUUAUGAAUCAGGCAUUAUGGUAAGCAAAGCUGUAGAAAUAUCUAUCGAAGGAACACUUCUUAAACCUGCAGUUGUUGGAAUUAAAAUUGAUGUAAAUUCCUGGAUAGAGAACUUCACCAAAACAUCAAUCAGGGAUCCGUGUGCUGGUCCAGUUUGUGACUGCAAAAGAAACAGUGAUGUAAUGGACUGUGUGAUUCUCGAUGAUGGUGGAUUUCUUUUAAUGGCAAAUCAUGAUGAUUAUACUAACCAGAUUGGAAGAUUUUUUGGAGAGAUUGAUCCAAGUUUGAUGAAACAUCUGGUUAAUAUAUCAGUCUAUGCUUUUAACAAAUCUUACGAUUAUCAAUCAGUGUGUGAGCCUGGUGCUGCACCAAAACAAGGAGCAGGGCAUCGCUCAGCAUACGUGCCAUCAAUAGCGGACAUAUUACAUAUUGGCUGGUGGGCCACUGCUGCCGCCUGGUCUAUUCUUCAGCAGUUUAUCUUGAGUUUGACUUUUCCACGACUCCUUGAGGCAGUUGAGAUGGAAGACGAUGACUUUGCCGCCUCUCUGUCAAAGCAGAGUUGCAUUACUGAGCAAACGCAGUAUUUCUUCGAUAAUGAUAGUAAAUCAUUCAGUGGUGUAUUAGACUGUGGAAACUGUUCCAGAAUCUUUCAUGCAGAAAAACUUAUGAACACCAACUUAGUAUUCAUAAUUGUUGAGAGCAAAGGGACGUGUCCCUGUGACACACGCCUGCUCAUACAAGCAGAGCAGACUUCUGAUGGUCCAAAUCCCUGCGAUAUGGUUAAGCAACCCAGAUACCGAAAAGGGCCUGACGUCUGCUUUGAUAACAAUGACUUGGAUCAACUUAUAUGCACAACGAGUCGUGCCUGUACCAUGAUGUCAGCUCCUACCUUCAUUUUACUGCAAGUUUUCAUGUGGUGUGGAUGGAGGAUUAUACCGACUGUGGUGGUGUUUCUGGAUUAAAUCCCUCCCUGUGGUCCAUCAUUGGAAUCCAGUUUGUCCUUCUUUGGCUUUUAUCUGGCAUCAGGCACUGCCAGUUAUGACCUCCCAAAGCCAAAUCUGCAUAAUUAAACUCCAGACCCUGCCAAAACAUGAGCCCUCAAAUGCAUUAGCAUAGGGUCAACCAUGGCAUUAGCUGGGCCCGUAAUAUGGCACAAAACUAAGGCGCAGACUCCAAAGGCAUCCACUGGCUGCAUGUCAGGGUGCCACAUCCUUAAACUUGUGUGAAUGUUGCAUCAUCCAUGUAUAACAUCAAAGCAAAAUUUUAUAUGUGCUCUACUGGAAAAUUCGAGAGUUUGUUGUUGCACUGUGUGUGAUUAAUUGUAAAAGGGCUCCCCACACAACUGUUUAUGAAGCAUACAAAUUGUCUUGAUUUAUACCUGGAAAUUUGACUUACUGCAAUCCUUGUUCUUUUAACAAGACAAUCUGUAGGAGAAAAGAAGUUGGUUUGAUUUUUUUUGCCUCCCUUAUUCUGUUAAAAAUUAUUUCUGUUUUGAGUAGUUAUUACUGAAAUACAUAUAUAUAGAGAGAGAGAGAGAAUUAAAAGUGAUGUAAUCUUUUGAGAUAGAUAUAAUGGCCAAUUUUCUAUUUGAAAAAAUUGCCAUGAAUAAAAUGCCUUAUGAAGAAUGGCUUCUCUGCCAAAAAUAUAACAUAAAUGAUGACCAAUUAAGUUUUGGUGGGGUGAUAAAUUGGUUGUUUGGAAAUAACUAAGAAAUUAUUAAACUAAAGGUGCUUGAGGGUGAAAUUUGAAUAUGGACAUAUUUCCUCAUAAAUGUAAGCCCUUAAUAAGUGCUUCAAUGUAAUGUUCCUUUUGUUCACAGUAAAGUUAUGUAGUGCUAGCCAGAUAUUUCAAAAUGCUCUAAGACAAGCUUGUUGGGGGAGGGGAAAAUGUUUUUCUCGUGAUAAAUGAACUUUGGUUACCAAGGGUACUUUGCAUGAUGCUGCUGCUAUUUUAACUUUUUGUUUUUCUCUUACUGUAGAGGAUAGUCCAUUGAAAAGUUAAAUGAGUGACAUUACUAUUAUGUAAGAAUCUGAACCUUGCAGUGUAAUGCACUUAAGUCAUCUUUAACAAUGUUGUUAAGCUACUCUGAAUAUACUGUGCAAUGUAAAUGCUGAAUGAUUGGGUUAGAUCAGUGGCAAAAUGGGAAUUAACAGAUUUUAUACAGAUCCGUGCUUUUGCCUGAAAGCCUAUGUACAGAUAUUUUAAGUACAUAAAUCAGAAUUGACACAUUUAUUUUUUGAAAAGUACAUAUAUGUUCUCAAUGAAGAUUCAUCCUAGGUUUCCUCUUUGUUCAUUUGAAUAGUGGCAUAUACAAUCCAAAAAUUUCUACUGCUGCUGCUACUUUCCCUCCAUUUCAAACGGUGUGAUCGCUUGACCAAAAUGUCCAUGCAGAUUGAUGAGGAUUUUACAAUAAUCUGAACAAAUAGGAAACCUUGAAUCUAUAUGUAUGCACAUGAAUACUUGAUUAUGAAUAAUCAGAAUUGUUUUUAUACAGCCUCAUUGGUAAAAAAUGGUUAGCAUAGUGAAUCAGAUAUUUCAUUAUAGAUUAAUAUGGAUGCAGAAUAUUAUUUAUGCUUUUAAAACUUAUUUUCAGGAGUAAGCAGUAUUUGAAGAAAGGGUAAAAAUAAUGAAUGUAACUCUAGUUAUAGUGAAUAAUUCUGCUGAAGGCUGGAAGUAUGCAGAUAUUUUUAUGGUAAAAUGCAUUUGUUCUUUUUUUUUUUUGAACAUGCCAAAUAUUGGUUUGUGUAUAUGCUGGAAAUUAUCUUAUCUAUCCUUUUUAAGUCAAAAUCUUAUUAAUGUUAUCCAGCAUGCUUUAAUAUGUUCACAUAUCAAACAUAUAACCAAUUCUUUAGCAUAGCUUAAAAGAUAUAUUUGUUUUGUCUUUAGCUUUGCAUACAUUUGUAAUUCCCUCCUACUGCCAAUAUACCCUAGGUACCAUUUGCAUACAUUUCCUUAAAAUAUUUUUUUAUUUAAAAAUGGGGGAAAGGGGAAAUGGAUUCACUUUGCCAACUGUUGUUCUAAGAGUUAACAUCAGUUACCAUUUCUAAUGCAUUGUUGUGAUUUUGUAGUCUCAUUUGUAACUGGUAUUGACAUUUUAGAAAACACCAAAGUGAUUUAAAAAAUAUGGAACUUCUCACUCUAGUAGCUAUGUUUGAGUCAUGUUGUUUGUUAAUUCAAUAUUUAAAUCUUAAAUUGUUAACUUUUGCUAGACUAUUUUAAAUCAUGAAAGUGUUGGGAAGGGGAUAUGAAAAUAUAAAAUUAUGUUUGUGUAUAUAAGCAACACAUUAAAACAAUUGAAUUGCUUCCAGCAUACAACAAACUACCUUAAAAUUAUCUUUAAAACCUAUUAAAAAUAUUUUCAUGGCUAAUGUCACUGAAGUAGUAUGUAUUCAUCAACUACUUUAUUGUUGUAUUAAUCUCAGUUAAACUUGGCAUCUCUUGGCAGGGUCCUAUUUGAUUUCAUUUGCCAUCAAAAUACACUUCCAUGCAUGAGUCUUGCUAUGAUCCUUUACUUUCUGCUAUACAAUAAGCUAAUAUAUUAGGAUAACCACAUGAUUAUAAAUUGGGUAAGAAUGUGCACUCUAAAACUUGUUCUGAAUCUUAAUACUAGUUUCAUGCCUUUAGUAGACUUACCACUUUGUAAGACAGUAACACUCAUCUCAUCAAAUUAUUUUGUUUAAUUUAGCAUUUUUCUGUGAGUUCUAAUUAUUGACAAGAGCUUAAAUUAUAGUACAUUAUAAACAUUGAUUUUCAAAGACGAAACAGUACAAGAGAUCAAGAAAAGAACCUUUAAAACUUUCACUGAUUUAAUUUUUGCUACACUCAUAUAGCUUUAUGUAGUUUGUCAUUAAAACAAAUUCAAAUUCAAAUAAGUCUUCCAUUGGUGUUGAGUUACAGGAACAAGUUUUGCAUUAAUAGUUUUCUUCAUUUGAACAACCAGCAUUACUGCCAAACACCAAUCGUGGUCCAUAUUUGUAACAGGUUUUUAACAUGACAUAGCAAGUUUGAUUGAAGAGAUUUUUAGGUCCUGGGCCUAUGAGAUUUUAGUAUGAUCUUUUUUCAUGUUUCUAAUGCUUGAGGCAUUAUUGCUUAACUUGGAAAAAAUUAAACAGUGUUGCUGCCAUUUGUAAGUUUUCUUAUAAUAUUCCUUUUAUUAACUUUAAAACUGGCCUUACUGGGUUCAAAUAGGCAGUAUCCCUUUUAAGUGGCCUUUGCAACCCAAGUGUUACUUGCUUAUUUGAUGCUUUCUUGCAUUUUCUAUCUUAUUUAAAUCUUUAUCUCCACCAAAGCUUAAAUUCUAUCUCUUAAUUUAAAACUCUAAACUAUUCCAUUGAUCAUAUUAGUUAACAUUAAAAUGUCUAAAGGUAUAGAGUUUAAUCCAGUGAAACAAAUGGGUGUAGUGAUUUUUUUUCAAGUGUAGCAUAGAAUGAUUAUUUCACUUGCUCACAAUUUCAAAUACUGUAUUGUUGUCUGGAACUUGUGUUUUUCCAUAGCAGAAUGUUAAUAUUGCUAAUAAUCAAUGUGCAUUUAUAUAAAAAGCAAAUCAAUAAAUCAAAUGUAUCAAGUGUUGGAAAAAAUCCAGAACUUCAAAGACUUAGGCCACCCUUACCAAUAAUUUCAUGUACCUUAUUUAAAAACUCACUCGAAGAAAUUCGUCUGAGAUUAAUGGGAUACUGUCUUGUAUAGAUGCCAACUGAGUUUACAGUGUGACCUGACAAAGCUAUCUUUUCUGUUGUGCUGUACGAUGUUGGAUCAUGCUUUUUAGGGUACUUUUAUUAAAAUGCUCAGUGUGCAUCCAUGCAAAAGGCCAAGUGGCUUUGUGAACAAAAGAUCUUUUCUCCCAUUUAUUAUGUUCUCUUGACACUUUUGUGGAAAUUAACUAGCCUGAUAAAAAACAUUUUGUAAAAAUUUGUAUGAUACUGUUAUAAAAAUAUUUAUAAUCCCAGAAAAUGUUGUGUUAAAUCUUGUGCAAAAACAGUAUAUUCAGAAUAAAAGUUUAUCAUUUAAAGUCA